UCUAUAAAUCCAUGGUUCGGCUGCUAGGCUAGGAGAGCUGUAAUACCUGGCAUUAUUUUAGGGUUGUUUUAUUUGUAUUUAUCUGUUAGCGUUACCUUUUCUAUUUCCCACCGCUGUGCCGUAAAAGUCACAUAUCACGGCUGUUGUAACCUCGCGUGAUUUUACCACUCGCUAGCUGAGGUGCUUUGAAGUUCCGCAGCUGUCAUUGGAAACAUGAACACGUUGGUGACCAAAAUAGACUACAAAUGGAUUAGUUUAACCUUGAGGAAUCCAUGGAUAACAGCUUCAAAGCUGUCCACCCUCCCUCCAGAGCCCGUCAUCCCCUCUAAGAAGCCUCUCAGAGUGGAGCUGCUGGGUGGAAAGCGUUACUCAUGGUGCACCUGUGGACACAGCAAGAAGCAGCCUUUCUGCGAUGGAGCCCACAAAUUCAAAGCCCAAGGCCUGUCCCCGCUGCGCUUUUCCCCGGAGAAAGACAGCACAGUUUGGUUGUGUGGCUGCAAGCACACCAACAACCCGCCGUACUGUGACGGCACACACAAGCAGGACUUCAUCGUUUCUGCCCCGCUUCAUGAACACACAGACCCCUGAACAUAAUGGAAGGGAUGAACUGAGCAUUUUUGUGAAUAAGUGCAUUCUGUGAAAGCAGCACACAUAAAGUGAUCCAUCAUGACAAGUACUGGAACCUUGUGUCAGUAUUUAAGUUAGCGAGAAGAUGAAAGUUACCACCUCAGCCCUCAACUCAGUGUCCUUCCUUUUUUGUACAUGGGAGACACAAUGUUGCAUCUGUGCUCUUUGAUCAGACCUGUGACAUAACAAAGGUUUGUGUACUGGGAGGGAGCGAGGUCUGACCCUGCUGCUUCAGAGGCUGCUAAAAGGUUUGAAUGGGAUGUAUUAUUAUGGCUGAAAGUGUUUUACAGGAGAAAAGUGAUGUUAGUUCAUAAAGCAAUGUUCCAUCCCAUAGCUCAGAACUACAACACAGUAUCAAUCUGUCAGUCUGGGCCAAGAUGUAAGCUUAUAUCAAAUGACUUAUUGUCCUCCCUUUUGGGAUGCCUAUUUAUAUAUUUUUGUUCAUUUAGAUUAAGAAAUAAAAAAGCGUUGCAUUAAACUUGAGCGAAUUGGUGAUUAUAAUGUGAUAAUCAAAUAAAGGAAAACAAAUGUAA